UGCAGGUACAAUUCAACAAAAACAUUUGAAUAAUAUCCUGGGGGGGGGAGCAUAAAUAUGCUUUAUGGACUCAACUUAGUGGUUUAUGUGCUGAAGAGACCAGCAGGAUUUGGGAUUAUUAGGGGGUUGGAUUGUCUGCUGCUUGGAAGAAGCCACCGCCAGACAUAGCCCUUGCUGCUGCGACUGCUGGUUCUUCCUCUUCCCUUGGAGCAACACACACGUAUACGCACACGCCGCUGCAGCACAGGACCUGCCAACGAGGACGCUAGGAUACACAAGAUGGUGAAAUUAGGGAGUAAUCUUCAGGACAAAGGGGCCAAAGUGGUGUCUGUAGAGGACGGCUUUCAAAAUGUGCCCCUCAUCACUCCCCUGGACGUGGGCAGCCUCCAGAGCCAAACCCCUGACAAGGUGGUGGUAAAAACCCGCACAGAGUACCAGACGGAGAAGAAGAGGCUGAAGGUUCCCAAAGUAGACGAGUUCACCAUCAGCUUCACCGACGGCGUGUCUGAGAGACUUAAGGUGACCAUCUUGAUCAUCCUGGCCUUGGCCUUCCUCGCCUGUAUUGUGUUCCUGGUGGUUUACAAAGCCUUCACCUACGACCACGCCUGCCCAGAUGGAUUCCUCUAUAAGCACAAGCGUUGCAUCCCCGCCUCGCUGGAGGCGUACUACGCCGCGCAGGACGCCAACUCCAGGGGGCGCUUCUACACGGUGAUCAGCCAUUACAGCAUGGCCAAGCAGACCACCUCGCACUCUGUCUCACCCUGGCUGCCUGGCGGGGCUGGGGGGCAGCCGCAUGACACCAAACCCCCGAGCGGUCAAACAACGGCACCUAUUUUAAGAAAACAGGCUAUCAUCCUCAGUCCCAGGACCAGCAGCUUCCUAGGAAGGCGGAAAGACCAUGAGACCCAAAUGGUAUGUUUGCAAAAUGUAGAAUUUGUGUGCCAGUUCCUCUGUGCAGAUUUGAGGAUGAAAGCAGCCACUCCAGAUUCCCUUGCACUCGAUGAGAGGGGCACGGUCAAAGCCAAUCCAGGACCAACACCCGAUACUUGACUGGAAGGAACCGAGAGGAGAGACAACACCUUGCCAGCGAUGACGAGAACGACUAAGGUUGCCAGCCAAUGUGUCCGUCGGGACUCCAGCAGCUGUGGAAAGAAGUGUCGGGAGUGCCGAAGCAAGCCGAGGGCCUGGACCAAAGCCCCACGCCCCAUACUCUGCCCCAGCCUUCCCCAAAGCCCCCACAGCUCCAACUCUACCUGAGUUUUCCCCAAAGCGGCCAGCGCGCACAUGCCAUUGCACAGUCUGCCCAAUGGACUGAACCACACCCCAAGAAGAGACAGAGACAGACUGGUUGAGUGGAUCUCUUUCUUCACCAGGGCAGCCAAAAGCCCAACGAGGUGUCGGCAGGCCACCAGCCUGAGGCACCACCGAGCCAUCUAUACGAGCACUAAUCGAACAUGGACUCAUACGAAAUUCAGUUGUGUGUUCAAAAUGAAUUGGUAAUUAACAAUAUUGGUAACUACAUUCAUUGCAAAUGCCGGAAAAAAUAUUUUUGCAAAUGUCUUACAGUCAUAAGUCUAUAUACAUUCAUCUAUUUAUGUUCAAUGAUGUUCAUGAUCAAAGUAUUUGUUAUUCCUUUACUAAAUCAAAGGGUAGGCCACUAAUUGUGUUCUGUGAGAUGGUUUUACUGCAGGCUGGUAACAGGGAUCACUCUGUAGGAGGGUCAUAGACAGAAUUUUUGCCUCAUAUAAAAACAUUGAGGUUUUUGCCUCUAUCUGUGGCAGAGAUUUAAGUUAGUGGUCUACAUCAGAAAUUGUUUUGGUCCAGGGUCUUAGGACCCUGGAAGGAGGGUAUGUCGUAGAAUUUCUGACCUUUUGACCUAUAUUUCUUGUCUAUUAAGAAUGUCUGCUCAUUUUCAAUUCUCUUCUAUUUUGUGCCAUUGAAUGGACCAGUUGUGGGACAAAGGUGAAUAUGGAGUUAUGCCAACCUGUCUACAGAAUGUUUAGAUUUUCCAAAUAUGACUAAGAGAUACGAGGUUGUUUUGGAACAGACAAACCAAAACAAAACAAUCAUGACGCACAAGAUAAAAAACAGUGACGCACAAGAGACAUAUAAAAAAUGGCAGAAGACCGGGACUAGUCAGUGAUUUUGGCUUGUGUGUGUCUUGUUUGCUCCGGAGUACAUGUGGUCUGUCUGCACGGCCAACUCAAUUCAACCUGCACUUCUGAUAAUGGGUAAAUAAAUUUGUUGUACUAAACUACUUUUGUUGCCUGCUUAAGCUUCGGACAAUCCACUAUAGUACUCCCUGGUGUACAGUAAUUUGUAAGUCAUUCUAGUUAAUGCAAUAUUAAAAAGCACAAAUAGAGAACUGUGUAGGAUCCCCUUUUUUUGUAAUAUAGUUGUUAAAGUCAUACUGGUUUGAUAUCUUGUUUUGUGCAGUGCCUUAUUUAUUUUGUAUUUUUAAUAUAUUUUAUGCAACUCGUUGACACGUUUUAUUUUGUGUUUAUGUAUGUAAAAAAUAUUGUAUUUCAUAUAUUCAUUUUUUAUU